AUGGCCUUGUCCGUCCACCUCCUGGCCUGCCUCUUGGGCACAGGCUCCUGGGUGGCCAUCAACGGCCUGUGGGUGGAACUGCCUCUGCUGGUGCCCAGCGUGCCCGAGGGCUGGCUCCUGCCCUCCUACCUCACCGUGGUCAUCCAGCUGGCCAACGUGGGCCCGCUGCUCGUCACCCUGGCGCACCGCUUCCUGCCCGGGCGGCUCCACGAGGUGGCCCUCAUCUACGCCCUCCUCUGCCUGGGGGGCCUGGCCUGCCUGCUGCUGGCCUUCUUCUGGGGCGAGAGCAGCGUGGUGGGGGGCUCCCGCCGCAGCGUGGCCCUGCUGGCGCUGCUCUUCUGCCUCUCCCUGGUGGACUGCACCUCCUCCGUCACCUUCUUGCCCUACAUGCGCAGGCUGCAGCCCCGCUACCUCACCACCUACUUUGUGGGCGAGGGGCUGAGCGGCUUGCUGCCCGGGCUGGUGGCCCUCGGGCAGGGGGUGGGCGUGGCCCGGUGCGUCAAUGGCAGCCUUGCGGGCAACGGCACCGGACUGCAGGUGGCAUACCAGGCCCCCCGCUUCUCGGCGUGCGCCUUCUUCCUCUUCCUCAGCGGCAUGAUGGCCGUCAGCCUGGUCGCCUUCGUCCUCCUCAACCACCUUCCGGCUGCCAGGCAAGAGCAUGCCAAGGAGAAGUACCAGGUGCGGCUGCAGAUCGAGAGCCCCGACAGCAUGCGAGUCACGGUGGAAGAGGGCCCCGCAGCCCACACCGCCUUCCCUUCCAGCAGCCGCUCCUGGGCCCAGACGGUGUUCAUCUUUGGGGUGCUGGCCUGGGUGAAUGCCCUCACCAAUGGCAUCAUGCCCGCCGUCCAGUCCUACUCUUGCCUCCCUUAUGGGAACUUCGCUUACCAUCUCUCGGCUACUUUGGCUGCCUUGGCCAACCCUCUGGCCUGCUUCCUGGGAAUGUUCCUGCCAAUCAGGUCCCUUGUGCUGAUGGGGGCCCUCUCCUUGGCCGGAUCCCUCCUCGCCUGCUACAUCAUGGCCAUGGCGGUGCUGAGUCCCUGCCCUCCCUUUCUGCAUCUGCCUGCAGGGGUCAUCCUCAUUGUGCUGUGCUGGGUGCUCUUCGUGGGCACCCUCUCCUACGUCAAGCUGAUGAUCGGGAUGCUCCUGCGGGACGAGGGGCACUGUGCCCUGGUCUGGUGCGGGGCUGUGGUGCAGGUGGGCUCCAUGGUGGGGGCCCUCGCCAUCUUCCCCGUGGUCAGCGUGUACGGCCUCUUCCGCUCGGGGGACCCUUGCCACAGCAGCUGCCCUGGCUGA